CGACGGCGGGGGCAGUGCCCGGCAAGGGGGUGGUGGGUACCGGGUGCCGAGGAGGAGCCGAGACUCGAGAAGCAGCUUUGGUUCCAUUGAUGGCGGUGGUGGACAAAGGACAAGAUGCCGGUGUCAAGAAUGCGCAUGAGGCCCUGGUUGGAAAUGCAGAUUAAUUCCAAUAAAAUACCAGGACUGAUAUGGAUUAACAAGGAUAAGAUGAUGUUUCAAAUCCCAUGGAAACAUGCAGCUAAGCAUGGCUGGGACAUGGAGAAGGAUGCCUGCCUCUUCCGGAGCUGGGCCAUUCAUACAGGAAGAUAUAAAGUAGGUGAGAAAGAUCCUGAUCCAAAAACCUGGAAGGCAAAUUUCCGCUGCGCUAUGAAUUCACUGCCUGACAUUGAAGAAGUGAAGGAUAAAAGCAUCAACAAAGGCUCCAGUGCUGUCAGGGUCUACAGGAUGCUGCCGCCCUUGACAAAGGAUCAGAAGAAAGAAAGGAAGUCAAAGUCUUCAAGAGAAGCCAGAAACAGGAGCAAGAGAAAGUCCUGUGAAGAUACGAGGACGGACGAGUCAGCAGAAAGUCUAACCAACACUCCUCUGGCAGAUGACCACAGUGGCUACAUCGUCCAUGACUACAUGGGGCAGGAAGCAGAGGUUGAGAGCACAUCCAUCACCUUAGACCUCUCCCCGUGUGAGGUGAGCGGCUCCCUGACCGACUGGAGGUCAUCGAUGGAGAUCACCAUGGCUGACAGCACCAAUGACAUCUACCAGCUCCAGGUGUCUCCCCUGGCUUCAUCCUCAGAAGGUACUUACAAAACAGUCACAGACGAAGAUGAAGAGGAAAUGAACUCGGAUAUUUUUAAGCUGCUCGAACCAGCCCAAGACUGGCACACCACCAGUGUUGGGGGGAAAGGCUUCCUCACCAACGAGCCGGGCACACAGACCAUGUGCAACACUUACAGCUACAAGGAGCAGGACGGGGAGGUCGACACAACUUCAGGAGAGCUGGAGUUCAGGUUCUUUGACCCGAAAAACAGCCUCGAGUUCCCCUGGCUGGAGACAGUGAGACCUCCCAUGCAAGUCAUUCCCUGUGGCUUGUAAACCCCUGGCUUCCUCUGACCACAAACUGCUCUUGGGUAGAAACUUUGACAAUCCUGAAGAGAAUGGAAGAAAUUGUUUGUUACUGAC